UCAUGGCGGCGUGGUUUAGUGACGAAAGAGCGAGCUUUGCAAUCAUGGCGGCGCGGUUUAGUGACGCAAGAGCGAGCUUUGCAAUCAUGGCGGCGGAAGGGGAAAUGAACAGCAAUGGGGACCUCGGAGAGCCUUCAGCCAUGGAAGCUGCCGAGGUUUCCACGCUACCGCCUCCAGAGAUGUCAGAUGAGAACGGUUGCACAGACUCAGCCACUGAGGCUUCUGCACAGCCAGAAACCGCUUUCUUCUCAGCGCCUCCAGACACAGAGGACGAGGGAAGCGAUCUGCCAGCAGACUUUGAACGUCUUUGGAAUGCCGCACACGACAACCCUCGAGACUUCACCAGUUGGACCGACCUGUUGCAGUACUGUGAGCAAGAGGGCCACAUUGCAGCGUCACAGAGAGCCUUGAUGGCAUUUCUUGCCCGCUUUCCACUCUGUUAUGGCUAUUGGAAAAAAUUUGCUGAUUUGGAGCGUCGUGCUGGUAACAACGACAAAGCAGCGGAGGUGUGUGUUCAGGGGCUCCAGUCAAUCCCUCUGAGUGUCGAUCUGUGGAUCCACUACAUCAAUCUCCUCUUGGGAACACUGGACAUGAACCUGCCCGAGUCGCCCAAGCAUAUUCGCAGUGUGUUUGAGGACGCGGUUGUAGCAGCAGGCCUGGACUUCCAUUCAAACCGGCUAUGGGAUCUGUAUUUCGAAUGGGAGAAGGAGCAAGGAGACUUAAGGAAUGCCACAGCUGUGCUAGACAGAGUCCUCAAAGUUCCCACGCAGCACUACAACACCCACUAUGAAAAGUUCAAGGUCCACCUGAACAACAGUGAGCCCAAAGAAGCACUUUCUCUGGAGGAAUAUGAGGAGGUGAGGGCCUUUUGCCGUGAGAGUCAGAAAGUGGAGCGUGCUGAACAGGCCAAGGAGAAGGGCGAAGAGAGGCCGCCUGGAGAGGAAGAGCCUGCCACACCUGAGGGCACAGAUUCGGAGGAGCUCAUGCAGAGGAUGAGAGAACAGGUGUUGGUCCGGAGGGACAAAAUUUACCAGGAGAACGAAAAUGAAGUCCGCAAGAGAUGGAACUUUGAAGAUACGAUCAAACGUCCUUACUUCCAUGUGAAGCCGCUUGAUCAAACCCAGCUGCGUGGCUGGCACUCCUACCUGGACUGGGAGGUCGCCCAACUGAAGAAAGACACUCAAGACCAUAACAAAGACUUAAACAAGACAGACGCAGAUGUCAAAGAGGACCCAGAGGUGACAGCGCAGCCUCAGCGAGAGAUGGAAGAAACCAAGGUUUUCUGUGAUGACCACAGAGUUCGUUUUCUCUUCGAGCGCUGUCUGAUCGCCUGUGCUCUCUAUGAGGAAUUCUGGACCAGGUAUAUUCAGUACCUGGAGACAUGCAGUGUGGAUGAGGUUCGGGCUGUCUACAAGCGAGCCUGUGACAUCCACCUGCCUUCAACACCUAACAUUCACAUGCAGAGGGCCACCUUCGAGGAAAGACACGGUGACCUGGCCGAGGCUCGGCGAGUGUUGGAGGCUCUUGAUAAAAACAUGCCAGGUUUGGCCGUGGUUCGUCUACGCAGGGCCGCUUUGGAGAGGAGGGCGGGCCAACUUGAGCAGUCUGAAGCGUUGCUGCAGGAGGCGGUGACACAAUCGAAAGAGAAGCCUACAUUGCACGCGUUCUACUCCAUCAAGCUUGCUCGUCUGUUCCUGAAGCUUGGCAGAAACCCAAGCAGAGCUCGGAGCGUUUUACAGGAAGCACUGGAGAUUAGUCCAGAUAAUGACAAACUGCACCUGAACCUGCUGGAAGUGGAGCUAUCAGCUGAGACCUGGUCCUCAGCAGAGGCGGUGCAGCAGUGCGUGACACGAGCCCUGGAGGCGCCUCUCACACCGCACACCAAAAUCCUCUUAUCACAGCGCGGCCUCCAGUUUGUGGAAGAGUACAGCAACUCUAUCCAGAGUGUGCUGUCUGUCUAUGAAGCGCACCAGAAGCUGAUCAAGGAGCUGGGCGGGACGAAGAGAGAAGCCGAAAGCGGAGACGAGGGCCGAGAGAAGCUGAGCAAAGGUGAUGGUGGCUCAGCAAAUGGCGCUUCAGAACAAGUCCCACCCACUGAUCCUCAGGUCCCAGUCACUAUGCCGCCACCCCCGCCGAUGAGCAUCGACGCGAGUGCCCAGUCCGGUGGAUAUGGCGGAUACAGCAGCUGGUAUCAGCAACCACAGUACAGCAGUUAUGGCUACCAGAACACCUGGAACUACAACCAGGGAUACUAUCCACCCAGCUAAAAUUAAAGAACUGAGCGGGGCACCGGGACUAAAAACUGAAAUAGCAAGUCCUCUCAAGUUUGGUCCCGCGGAUUCUCACAAAAUAUCUCCCACCAUCUUUUUCUCCCUGUCCUGCCUCCUGACUUUCCUCGCUGUCGUCGUUGACGACAAAGGUGCUCGGGUCAUCACACGCCCCAUUGGGUCUGUGUAGAAAGCUGACGAUAUGAAACGGACAUGAGUGCGUUGCUCGCUAGACCUCGUCGCUCUUUUAAGCAGAACUAUUUUUGUAUUUGUCUAUAGACUUUCAUUUUUGUUUAUCUAACUUUGCGGGCAAUAUAUUACGGGGGAUUUUGUGCCAUCCUGCCAAGCAUGCAAAGGUUUUUUUUUUCCUCCUCCUAUUGUACAUAAAAAAAAAAAGUUUUAUAGUG